AAUGGCCGAAAAUCAGUCAGCCGAGCAUAAGGAAGCGUAUUGGCGCCGAGUAGUGCUGAAAUGGGUAAAAUGCGCCGAAUUAACCACCAGCCACGAUAGCUUCGAUUUGGAUACCUGCUACACCAACUUCCGAUGCAAAAUUGAAGCAUACUACGAAUUGAUCGAAAACACCGUUGCGGAGUUUCUACGGGUACAGUUUCCGCACUUUGAGUUGGAGCUGAGUAACGAAAACGAGGUGCCGAAAUGUGAUGCUGUUUAUGUAUUUUCGUUGAUGCUUUACUUUUCCUGCAUCCGGUACCCGAUUCCAUACUUUCAAAACGUUGGCCAAGAGUUCGAUGUAGAGUACCAGCGAAGCAUGACAGCGUUUCUGAACUCUUUCGUUUCGAAAGACGGCAAUCAAAUCAUCAUCAACCGAUCAUUCCUAGAUAAAGCGUUCCAGAGCGCCAAACCAGUUGCAAGCGUGUUAAGCGAAGAAUCGUCUAAUAGAAGAGUUCUUAGUCAACAGAUGAUCACCAGCACACCGAGCGGUAAGCUUGAGAUGAGGAAACCGUCACCAACAACGCCGAAAAGUGUGGCGCUCGAAUGGAAGUUAAAGAAUCUCAACGCAUUGCUAGAAACAGCCCAAGCCGAAAACAGCAGCCAGGAAAGACAAAUAGAGCGUUUGUUGCAAAACAUGAAGAAGCUACAGGAGGAGAAAAAAAUGUAUCAGUCGAAAAUUAACAUUUUACAGCUAAAGGAAACGUGUGCUUGUGGAAACAAUUUGACAAAUUUACCAAACGAAUCCAACCGAGUUACAGAACAGCUCCAAAAGCAGCUUGAAUCGAAGAACCAAGACAUAGAGAUGCUGCAGGAAGAACUCAGCAAGCUGAAGGAAAGCGCAAAUGCGGAAAUAGAACGAUACACGUCGAUGAAGAAACAGUAUGCGGUUCUUGAGGAAGACAACCAGCGCAUGAAGAUAGCUGUCGAAGAUUUGAAGGAAGAUAUCAGCAUGAAAGAAGCUUGUAACCAAAAUCUGUUCGAAAUUGUCAAAGAUUUGCGACGCUUUAUUAACGAAAACCAAAUCAAAGGCGCUGGAUUGAUGGAAUCAUUGGAGAGUUCAUUUGAAUUUUUGGAUCAAUCUUUUAAAAAUGUGGCAUCAGACGAUAGCCACUGUUACGACUCCGAGAAUCUGGCAUCGACAGUGGUAGAAAUCAAAUUGAAGGAGAAAGAGCAUGAACUAGAAGCAAUGACAAGGAAAUCGCAAGAGUUAGAAGACAAGCUUAAGGCACACUUGGAAAAGCAGAACCAUUUGCAGGCCGAGUAUAAUGAAAAAGAUGCAAAGCUUCGGCAAACAUUGGCUAAAUCAGAGAAAGAGAAAUCUCAGCUCACCGUAGACCUCGAGGAAGAUAAAGCUUUCAUCGAAGAUCUGAACAAUCAGCUGGAAUCACAGAAAAAAGCGCACCUGGAGAAAUAUGAAUGUCUGCAGGCUGAGAUGAAACAGGAAACAGCAGGCCUUGUAGAAUCAUUGGCAGCAGCUGAAAAAGAGAAAUCAACUCUUGUAGAAGACCUUGAACGGGGAAAAGAUAAGUUGCAGGAUUUAAAUCGACAGUUGCAAGAACGCGAACGUUUGGUGGCCGAGCUGAAUGAAAAUACUGUACAGCUUCGACAAGCAUGGGAGAAAGCAGAGAAAGAGAAAUCUCAGCUCACCGUAGACCUCGAGGAAGGUAAAACUUUCAUCGAAGAUCUGAACAAUCAGCUGGAAUCACAGAAAAAAGCGCACCUGGAGAAAUAUGAAUGUCUGCAGGCUGAGAUGAAACAGGAAACAGCAGGCCUUUUAGAAUCAUUGGCUGCAGCUGAAAAAGAGAAAUCAACACUUGUAGAAAACCUUGAACGGGAAAAAGAUAAGAUGCAGGAUUUAAAUCAACAGUUACAAGAACGCGAACGUUUGGUGGCCGAGCUGAAUGAAAAUACUGUACAGCUUCGACAAGCAUGGGAGAAAGCAGAGAAAGAGAAAUCUCAGCUCACCGUAGACCUCGAGGAAGGUAAAACUUUCAUCGAAGAUCUGAACAAUCAGCUGGAAUCACAGAAAAAAGCGCACCUGGAGAAAUAUGAAUGUCUGCAGGCUGAGAUGAAACAGGAAACAGCAGGCCUUUUAGAAUCAUUGGCUGCAGCUGAAAAAGAGAAAUCAACACUUGUAGAAAACCUUGAACGGGAAAAAGAUAAGCUGCAGGAUUUAAAUCGACAGUUGCAAGAACGCGAACGUUUGGUGUCCGAGCUGAAUGAAAAUACUGUACAGCUUCGACAAGCAUGGGAGAAAUCAGAGAAAGAGAAAUCUCAGCUCACCGUAGACCUCGAGGAAGGUAAAGCUUUCAUCGAAGAUCUGAACAAUCAGCUGGAAUCACAGAAAAAAGCGCACCUGGAGAAAUAUGAAUGUCUGCAGGCUGAGAUGAAACAGGAAACAGCAGGCCUUGUAGAAUCAUUGGCAGCAGCUGAAAAAGAGAAAUCAACUCUUGUAGAAGACCUUGAACGGGGAAAAGAUAAGCUGCAGGAUUUAAAUCGACAGUUGCAAGAACGCGAACGUUUGGUGGCCGAGCUGAAUGAAAAUACUGUACAGCUUCGACAAGCAUUGGAGAAAGCAGAGAAAGAGAAAUCUCAGCUCACCGUAGACCUCGAGGAAGGUAAAACUUUCAUCGAAAAUCUGAAUAAUCAGCUGGAAUCACAGAAAAAAGCGCACCUGGAGAAAUAUGAAUGUCUGCAGGCUGAGAUGAAACAGGAAACAGCAGGCCUUUUAGAAUCAUUGGCUGCAGCUGAAAAAGAGAAAUCAACUCUUGUAGAAAACCUUGAACGGGAAAAAGAUAAGCUGCAGGAUUUAAAUCGACAGUUGCAAGAACGCGAACGUUUGGUGUCCGAGCUGAAUGAAAAUACUGUACAGCUUCGACAAGCAUGGGAGAAAUCAGAGAAAGAGAAAUCUCAGCUCACCGUAGACCUCGAGGAAGAUAAAGCUUUCAUCGAAGAUCUGAACAAUCAGCUGGAAUCACAGAAAAAAGCGCACCUGGAGAAAUAUGAAUGUCUGCAGGCUGAGAUGAAACAGGAAACAGCAGGCCUUGUAGAAUCAUUGGCAGCAGCUGAAAAAGAGAAAUCAACUCUUGUAGAAGACCUUGAACGGGGAAAAGAUAAGCUGCAGGAUUUAAAUCGACAGUUGCAAGAACGCGAACGUUUGGUGGCCGAGCUGAAUGAAAAUACUGUACAGCUUCGACAAGCAUUGGAGAAAGCAGAGAAAGAGAAAUCUCAGCUCACCGUAGACCUCGAGGAAGGUAAAACUUUCAUCGAAGAUCUGAAUAAUCAGCUGGAAUUACAGAAAAAAGCGCACCUGGAGAAAUAUGAAUGUCUGCAGGCUGAGAUGAAACAGGAAACUACGGGGCUUGUAGAAUCAUUGGCUAUAACUAAAAAAGAGAAAUCACAGCUCGCAGCAGAGCUCGAGAUGGCUAAAGCCAAGAUGCAGGAUUUAAAUCGACAGUUGCAGGAACACGAACGUCUGCAGGCGGAGAUGUGUCAGAAAACGGCAGAGCUUCGACAAGCAUUGGCAGAUGCAGAGAAAGAGAAAUCCCAGACAGCUUCAGAGCUGCGGAAAGCAUUAGCUGAACCAGAGCAAAAUAAUUCACAGCUCACAGAAGACCUCGAAAAAGCUAAUGCCAAGAUGGAAGAUUUGAAUCGACAGCUACAAGAACAUGAACGUUUGGUAGACGAGCUCAAUACAAAUACUUCCCAGCUUCAACAAGCUCUGUCAAAUGCAGAGGAAGAGAAAUCAUCGCUCACCGAAGAUAUCAAGAACGGUAAAAGCUCGAGCAGUUCCAGCACCUGUCAGCGCGAUGAAAUGGCUAAACAGAUUUUGACCUUGCAGCAGACUCUAGAUCAAGAGCAGGAAAAAUCGGAAGAGAUCAGCUGUCAACAUAUGCAGGCUAAACGCCAGGCGGAUGAUCUGGGUGUGCAGUGCACAAAGCUAAUGCAGCAGCUAUCGGCGGAUCGCAGCGAAAUGGCUAAUCUCCAGCAACAGCUUGCAACGAAAGAUGCAAAACUGAUGGAAAUGAGCGUGCUGCACGAGGAAACGGUGAAGAAGUACGAAAAAGCGUACCAGGAUGGCGAAAUAGUUGCGGCGAAACUGUACACAACACGGCUAGCGUUGAAAGAGAAGGAAGAAUUGUGGGCGAAGGAACGGGCGUCGAUGGCUAACGCGAUGGAGGAGAAGUUACGCGAUGCAAGGAUCGAGCAUGAUAGCAAAAUGGCAAAAAUGAAGGAUAGAAUGGUGGAGCUACACAAAGAAGUUAAAACAAAGCUAGAAUCCGAGAAUCAAGGGUUGCUAUUAACGGUUGAAGGCUACAGAAGGAAGGUGGAAAACUUGGAAAUACGCUGCGCUAAGCUACAGCAACAGCUGGCCGAGAUGAACGAGCGCAAUCUGGAAGUUCGGAAAGAGAAUCAGCUGCUCCAUAUCAGGAUAAAGUCACUGGACGAGUUUGGUAACGAUCGAAAGUCUGUGCUGCUACCAACUCAGGCAAACUUGCGCAACAAUUUCAAGAUGGAGGAUGAGGAGGGGGAGCUGUUCAACAAUAUGUAUCUGGCUGACUUAAAAAGUGGGCGCUGUGUGUCGCCCGGUGGUCCAUCAACCACCAAAAGUGGUCUGAAUCGGUACUCCGAACUGUCGCAGCGCAAUUCGAUGGUUAUGCCCCACUUACGCACGAACUAUGUGGCGCUCGAACCCGACUGUGAGCCACCGCAGGAUGAUACACGAGACAAUAUGUCGACCACAUUCGAUGAUAGCUCGACAGGUUUGAUCUCGCGCCGGAAGGUUAGCGGGAUCACAUCCUACAAGCGUCCCGGUCCACCAACGCCAAGCAAGCGUGCCGGUCGGCUGUCGUUAUCCGGCGCACUGUCUGGCAACCUGGUCGGUGAGGUACAGUACAAGGAGGUAUUGCGAGACGCUAACGCAAAUGAUGCCGUUGGUGGUGGUACUGCUGCUGCUGUCGUUGGCCCUGGAGGAGAGUCGGCAGCACGGACAGCACGAACAAAAACGCCCGGCAAGUUUAAGCAGAUGAUCAGUUCGUCCAGCCUGCUGAACAACUUUCAGCGCGACGAGAACACCUCCCCACGGCGGCGGCUCAGCUGGUUUAACAAGGGCAAAAAGUUUUAGUAGCGAAAGAGACAAUAAACUAGCGAGA